CCUGAAUAUGGAAGAAAGCAAAAGUAACAAUAUUGUCUGCGAUAAUGGAUCUGGGUAUAUCAAAAUUGGAUAUGGAGGUGACAACUUCCCCCUCUACACACUCCAAGGUGUUGUAGGCAGACCAUUGAUCAGGUCUGGAGAGAAGGUAGACGGAGGUGAGCUCAAAGAUAUCAUGAUAUGCGACGAAACAACAAAAUACAGGUCAAUGCUUGAGCUUUCCUAUCCCUUAAUCGAAGGUACUGUUAAAAAUUGGGAUGAUAUGGAGCUUGUCUGGGAAUAUGCAUUCCAAAACAAGAUGAACCUAGGAGACCUUGGUGACAAAAACGUCUUACUUACAGAAGCUGCAGUCAGCCCCAAAAAGAAUAGAAUUAAAAUGGCAGAUGUUAUGUUUAACAAAUUUGGAUGGGGAGGUUUAACAUUUGAAAUACAAGCUUUACUUUGCUUAUUCUGAGAAGGACUCAUCACUGGGCUUGUCCUCGAUUCAGGAGAUGGUGUCUCCCAUACAAUUCCAGUUUCUGAAGGUUAUGUACUUGACGAUUAUGUUCAAAGACUAAAUGUUGCAGGAAGGCAUGUGACAGAAUACCUUGGAAAACUUUUGCUUUUCUCAGGAUAUGCCUUUAACUCAUCAUCAGACUACGAAAUCUUAAGAACUAUUAAAGAGACUGCAUGCUAUGUAAGCUAUGACAUUGCAAGAGACAGAAAAUUAGCAAUGGAUACCUGAGUUGUCAACAAAGAAUACAGACUACCUGACAAGAAGAAAAUUAUCUUGGGUAGAGAAAGAUUUGAAGCAGCUGAAUGCCUUUUUGAUCCAAGCCUCAUUGAUGUUGAAAGAGAAGGAAUCCCAAACAUGAUUCUUGAGACAAUUAUGAAAAGUCCACUAGAUUGUAGAAAGGACUUAUAUAACAAUAUUGUGCUAUCUGGAGGUUCAACAAUGUUCCCAGGAUAUCCAACCAGAGUAGAAAAGGACUUAUGGACUCUCUUUAAGGAUAUAAUCAUGGAAGGCAAAGAAUAUGAGCAUGGAAUCAAAAUAAGAAUCAACGACUCAUUUAGAAGGAAGCACUCGGUAUUCACUGGAGGCUCUGUCCUUUCCCAACUUAAAGGCUUGAACUGGAUCACUAAGGAGCAAUAUGAGGAGGAAGGAGAAAGAUGAAUUCUUGGUUCUGCUAUCAGAUCUGCGACAUAAUUUUAUUUAUUCAACUUG